UUAUUUCAGUGCCUACAAUUUAUAGGAAUCCAACAAAUAAAGGGCUGCAAUUUUCAUUGGUCACUGAAGUUAAAGGACAUAGAGGAUCAAGAAGAAAGACCUUGAGCACUAUCAAUUUCCUAUCUUGAAUCAAGAGGACGAGUCAAACACCGCUCAAACACUGAUUGCUCAGAUACCAGCCAAAGGACAAUGUGGGAUACCCGCUAGAUGGGCUUGUGAUUGGAAGCAAAGAAGGACAAGAAAGACCUGCGCUUACCCAACUACAGUGACUGACCAAGAAUAUUGACUUGAGACAUUGGGUUAAACUAAGUCUGCAGAGAGAGUGGGGUACAUUGCCUGGAAUUAUGGCCACAGAGAGCCUUGUUGAACUCCGCGAUUGGUUGUUCCUACUUCUUCUAUGCCUGACAUUAUUGGUUGAAGUUCUCGAGUUUGCAGCAGCAACUGCUGCCGCCGCAGAGGCAGCUCUCGGGGAGGCGGAGCUUCAGGGAGAAGUGCCAUGCCCCUCAGCUUGUAGGUGUGAUGAUGGGUUUAUUUACUGCAAUGACCGUGGCUUGAGCAUCAUUCCUCCAUUACCAUUAACGGCAGCUGUGCUCUAUCUGCAAAACAACCGCAUAGACAAUGCUGGGCUACCAACAUCUUUAGAGCGACGACUGACUGUGAGAGUAGUUUACCUUUAUGAUAAUGAACUUGAUGAUUUUCCAACACAUCUGCCUCCAUCACUACGGGAACUUCACCUACAGGACAAUAAUAUACGAACUUUACCCCGUUCCGCUCUUGCACGGCUCCCCUUGCUAGAGAAGCUUCACAUGGAUGACAAUUCAGUUUCAACCGUAAGUAUAGAAGACAAAGCAUUCGCCAACAAUCCGAGGCUGCGUCUUCUUUUUUUGUCACGCAACCACCUCUCAAGUAUACCAUCAGGACUGCCUGCAUCACUUGAGGAACUCCGACUAGACGACAAUCGGAUUUCAACUAUUCCAACGCAUGCAUUUCGAGGUCUCUCCUCUCUAAGACGUCUCUUCCUCGAUGGAAAUCUGCUGGCAAAUCAACGAAUCGCAGAUGACACAUUCUCACGGCUGUCUAAUCUCACAGAGCUUUCUCUGGUUCGUAACUCGCUCCAGGCACCACCAUUAAACCUUCCAAGUAUGCAUCUCCUUCGGCUCUAUCUACAGGACAAUGCAAUAGCCCACAUGCCACGGGGCUCCCUGGACGGCAUGCGAAGACUACAGAAACUGGACCUAUCAGGUAACAACUUAACGACUCUUCCGAGGGGUUUAUUCAAGGAUCUAGACAGCCUUUCACAAUUACUCGUCCGAGGAAAUCCCUGGUACUGUGGCUGUAACCUCCGCUGGCUUCAUGACUGGUUGCAUGAGCGAGGUUCAUCAGUGACUGUGAGAGGUUUAACUUGCCAUGGACCAGAGAGACUAAGAGGCAUGGUACUAAGGGACCUUACCAGUCAAUUAGAAGACUGUGAGAUCAGUGUAGAUACUGCAGGAGGAAUGGUUGGAAAUGAUGGAGCAAAAAAAGAGAAAGGUUAUUUUCCAACACAGCCCCCAGUUACAACAACCCCUCCACUUCCACAAGGUUCCCUCUUUACCCUCAGAUCCAGACGACCAGGACACAAGUAUUCUGAUAUGGGCCAGGACAGUCUUGGAGGCGGAAAUGGGGUUACUGGUAAAUCGUUACUAAUCAGUGUAAAACCUCUCACACCAGAGACAGUCCACAUUACUUGGCAGGCUGCACAGCCAGUUCCCUCCUUCAGACUUUCCUGGUUGCGACUAGGCAACAGUCCUGCAAUGGGGUCAAUCACAGAAACACUUGUGCCAGGGGAUCGCCGUGAGUAUUUACUUACGCAACUACAACCCCAGUCAAGUUAUAUAAUCUGCUUGGUGCCUCUCUCUGGAAACGAUGGUAAAAGAACCUCUUUCACGGCAACUGGUGGGUUGAACAUAAACACAAACUCAGAGCAUGAGCCUCCUGCUUGUGCCAAAACAGAGACAGAUCCCCUAGAGCAGCCUAUUUCAGACCAGGACAGCGAUCGGGGAACUGACCAACUGUCAGCGCUACCACUUGCUGGAAUUAUUGGAGGUGCAACAGCAUUGGUGUCUUUGUUCUUAAUUUUUGGCAUCUUCUGCUGGUAUGGACACCGUGCAGGGUACCUUGCACCAGGUGAUCCCUCUAUAUACGGUAGAGAUGUAGUUGGAUCAAGAGGUGCCAGCAAACAUUACGAUGACUAUGUUGAGUCUGGAACCAUAAAAGACACGUCAAUCUUAGAAAUCAGGGCUCACGGCUUUCAAAUGACACCAAUGUCUGCCCAACAGCCUUUGCAGCCCAAGGCAAAAGUUGAGGAUAUGACAUACAUCCAUACUAUCUUUCCCUCUAAUAAUGCAACUCUAUAUAGGAGCACCCUGAACCACACAGGAAAUCCAGGCUAUGGAACAAAUCGAGGAUACAGAGAAGGGGGAAUACCAGACAUAGAUUAUUCAUACACGUGAUAGCCUUUUUUAUAACCCACUGCCUAUUCUGUUCCUUUCUUUAGGCAAAGCAGUUGGGUGGGGGUUUCUUUUCCCUAGGUUCUAAAGUAGGGGUGUGCCGAUUCUAAGGGGACCAUCUUUCCCCAUUCAUCACACACAAAAAGUUAUUACUGGGUAGAAAAUUUCAAAUAGAUUUGAAAUGAAAAUAUUUAUAUUAAAAAUGGCAGUUUUCAUAUACCAUUGGAGAAUUGGUGUUACUGUACAUCAUGA